AUGCCUCUGCCGCUCUCCGUGCUUGUCCUGCUGCUCCUCCUCGUCGGCUUCUUCGCCUAUUCCUUCAUCGUCCAUCCGUGGCGCGUCUCGCCGCUGGCACGGCUGCCAGUGCCGCACUGGUCCUGCCGGCUCUCGAGCGUGUGGAUUCUGCGCGCGCGCAAGAACGGCGCCGAGAAUGCGGCGCUGCGCGCCGCGCACCGGCGCCUCGGCAACAUCGUGCGCGUCGGCCCCGACACCGUCAGCGUCGACGGCGUCGAUGCCAUGCGCGCCAUCUACCAGGGCGGCUUUCCCAAGGCGCCGUGGUACCGCGUCUUUGACAACUACGGCGUGCCGUGCAUGUUCUCGACGAUUGGGUCGAGGGAGCACUCGAAGAGAAAGAGAAUGAUCUCCAAUGUAUACUCGAAAUCGUACAUUAUGAAUUCUGAGGCGGCCAAGGCUCAGAGCCGUGUCAUCUUGUUGGACCGGUUGCUGCCGCUCUUGAAUAGCGAAGCGGCUAGGAACCACCCGGAGGGCACCGAGGUACAGUCGCUCUUCAUGGCUACGACGAUGGAUCUGAUCUCGGCGUAUAUAUUCGGCCUGCGGCACAGCACCAACUUUCUACAAGACAAGGCGUACCGGGACCACUGGCUGAGUCUCUAUCUGUCCCGUCACCACCACCAUUUCUGGCCGCAGGAGCUGCCCUCCAUCACCGCGUUUCUCCAGCGCCUCGGCAUCCGGCUGUAUCCCUCCUUUGUCGACCGCGCCAACGACGAGCUGCGGGCGUGGAACCAGUCGAUGUGCGAAAAGGCCGGGCACAGCUACUCGAACGCGGCCGAGGACGCCGAUCCCGCCAAUACCCCGGUCGUCUUUGCCGCGAUGCAGCAGGGCAUCCGCAAAGAGGAGAAGAGCGCGGGCGCCGCCUCCAUCCUGUACAGCACUGCGAUUCAGCAGCGCGACGCGUCCGUGGCGAGCGAGAUCCUGGACCAGGUCCUCGCCGGCCACGAAACGGCCGGCAUUGUGCUGACGUACGCGGCGUGGCAUCUGUCAAAGUCACCGGCCCUGCAAGAGCAGCUGCGACAAGAGCUGUUGCCGCUCCUCUCGCGCAACGCGGCGAAUCUACCAGAUGUAAAACAGCUAGACGACCUGCCUCUUCUGGAUUCGAUCGUAAUGGAGACGCUGCGACAGCACGCCCCGAUCCCAGGACCACAACCGCGCCACACACCGUCUUCUGGCUGCCACAUCGAGGGUUUCUUCAUUCCCGGCGGUGUCCGCAUCGCCUCUAUGGCGCAUACCCUGCACCGGAAUGAGGACGUCUUUUGCAGUCCUGAAACAUGGGACCCCAGCCGGUGGCUGCAGAGUGGCAAUCGCGAUGCGAUGAAGCGCCACUUCUGGGCCUUUGGCAGUGGUGGACGGAUGUGCAUUGGAUCCAACUUUGCGCUUCAAGAGAUGAAACUGGUGCUUGCUGUGAUAUAUGCAAACUUUACCACGACUGUUGUCGAUGAUGGCGGGAUGGAGCAGACGGACGGCUACUCUGCGCGGCCGAAAGCAGAUCAGCUAUUCCUCAGAUUCCGUACGGGCCCGGAAACAGUAUAG